GAUACGGUAAAAUUAAAAAUUUUAUAAAACUUUCAAUAAAGUCUUUCAAUUUUUCGUAUUACCUUUGAAUAAAUAAUCAAAGCGAAAUAUUAAACUUACAUACAUAUGUACCUUUCGAACUCUCUCGAGGAGUUUUCUACUUCUUUUUCUUCUUUGCUUCAUAUCUUCGUUCAAGUUUGUUUAAACUUUUGACUUUCGCAGCGAAGCUCCUAUGUAUUGACAAAUAUUUAACCAGUCUUGAAGCCCUGUGGCUGUUUUUGUUUAUGCGUCGUAAACUUUUCUCUUUCUAACUCCGUCUUUCAUGUCAUUGACACCUCACGUCAACGUAAUCAUCUUGUGUAAUAUGCGUUCCAACCUCUUUCCAUCUCUCUCUCUCUCUCUCUCUCUCUCUCUCUCUCUGUCUGUCUCGUGCAUGUACACAUGAAAAGUUAUGUGUAAACGCUGUGGAAUAUGUAAACAGCUUCUUUCUUUAUCGUUUCUUUUUCAUUCACAGACGGAAAACUUGCUAGCAAACAAAUACAUUCUAUAUUUGUUGCUGAAACACCCCGAAGAAAUGUAUAUAUUACGCACAAUGACAUUGACUUUGAUACGAUUCGACGUGUAAUUUAUUUCGAGAAACAAAAAGUCUGACUUUUUGAGAAAGGAAAAAAAAUUAAGAAAGAAAAACAAUCUCUUUCGACGUUCGUGCGACAUUAUUCAAAGAAGAAUAAUAAUAAAUCGUGAGACGUAAAGAAGCCAAGUGGUCUUAAUGAAAUGAAAAUAUAACAUUGAAAAACUCGAUAACGUAAUAAGAUAGAAAUAUGAUGGUAUAAGAAAAUGGAAAUCAUAGAGUUUUGUUUGUCCCUUCAUCGAAUAAUAGCCACGCCUCGAAGUAGAGAACCGACCAAUGGGAGAAUACUCAACCGAGGGUACCGAUCGAAAUUAAAAUAUCCUUCGCUAGUAAUGACGUGAGAUACGAGAAAGAGAGUACGAUACAGUAUGGGGAGCUUGUAUUUGCCGGAAAGUAGGGUGGUCCUAUAUUGCCACGAACCCCCUCUCUUUUUUCUCUCGAUGAAGGGUUCUCGAUCAUGAACCCUCUUUUUCGUGAGUAUGCCGGACAUAUGCACGGAAGGAGAAAAAGAGAGAGAUUGUAUUAUUCACGAGUCGCUGGUAAGAUAACAUAAGCGUGAUUUUUAAUACGAGUCGAAGGAAGAAGGGUCCUCCGCCUUUAGUACGGCCCUUCCGUAUGCUUUGGUAACAUUGUAAUGGGAUUAGUCGUGUUAUUAGGGGUUUCGAAUCAUGGCUGUGUUUUCUCUCUUCGCUUUUCAUCGCUCCUUUUAUACAUCACAUAAAUUCAUAAGCAUAAAGGAAGAGAUUGUAGUGCGAGUUGAUUUUUCUUUUAAGAAAAAAAAAGACACGACGUUUCUUAAAAAUUACGAUAAAAAUAUUUUUAGAAACGAAACGAAUCUAAAUGCAAGAAAGGUAUUGUCCGAUUUAUUAACAGAGUACAAUUGUAGAUAAAUUAAACAACAACAAUUACUCAAUUAACAUGCUAGUAAACAAGCAAACAAUCGGCUACACUUACAAUUAGUACCGAACUCACGUAUUCUAUGAUACUUCACGCAAAGCUAUUAGAAACUAUUCGUGACACGUUAAUUACCGUGCAAAUUGUCAAAGACAUUCUAGAUACUCGCACGUACGUACCUAUAAGAUAUCCAUAACUUCAUUUUCGCUCCGCCAUAUACUUCGUCAUACCGCGCGCGGUUCGCUUAAAUUGGCUAGCUGUCAAGUAUAUCGAGUUGCUUUUAGCGCAAAUGAAAAUUACAUUUGGUCGAAAACGCGACCGUAUACCUAUACACACACACACACACACACACACAUGUAUGUAUACGUAUUUGUGGUCUAAGCCAUGUGGACCACGUCACUGGUUUCAACUCAAGAAAAUUGCAACGACCAAAGGUUUCCUUUAACUAGGAUCAAAAACACGCUUUGUUGAAAAUUGACUGAGAGAAAAGAAAAGAAGAUAAAAAGAAGACUGACGAUCGAACGAUAUUUCGAAAGUUUUCUUUUUUCUUUUCGUCUCUUUCGCGAGAAUUCAGCGGAAUUAAAUUAAUUUAAAAGGACAUUAAGGAAAUUCAAAUUAAUCAUGAAAAGAUAAAAAAAGAAAAAUAGUGAUCUCGUAUACGUUAAAUUGACUUGCCCCGAACCCGGAUCCUUCCGUUGCCGUUGCGGUUAAAUCAGAGCUACGAAAUCUCAUAAACGACGUACAUACUCAUGACCUUACCUUACUAUACCUUAUCUUACCUUACCUUACCUUAUCUAACAUACCUACAUAUAUACUCUUCGUAGAUGGAAAUCUUUGAAAGGAGUACGGAAGUUCCUUGAAGAUUCCAAAGAGUUGAUUUGGAUCUCCCGUGAAUAUCGAUUCUCUUCGUGGAGCAGCAACGUCAGAUUUCUCGCGUGAUUGAAUCUCUUUUGAGAAACGUACAUACGUGUGUAUGUAUAUAUAUAUAUAUAUAUAUGUACGUAUAUAUAUGUAUAUGCACACGUAUGUAUCGGUUGACAUCUAGUAUAUGACUAUCGCCUAUCGUGACUACGCGUAUGUAUGUAUAUGUGAGUAUAAGCAAAGGAUAAGGACAACUAUCAUGUAGAUCCAUCCUAUCGUCUCUUCUUAUUCAAAAUAAAAAAUUUCUAAUGAAUUUCCUAUGUGCUUUGAAAUCAGAUCAUAGUAGUCACACUAAUGAUCCUCUCUUUAAACAAACGAAUCAAGUAUUACAGUACUCAAUAUCUUUGAGUAAUCCUUCCAUUGGCUUAUCUCAAUCAUUUGGAUUAAGAUUACUUCGUGCUGAUACUUAACGUGUUCUCGUGUUUAUAAAACUUGAUAUGGAAAAAAGGAAAGGACUAGUUAGUCUUUUACUCUUUCGUUCAGGAAAAGUCUCUUUCUCUCGUUUUCCUUAUGAAAUGCGACGAUGAAAAGAAUUCUUUCGAAUAGAAUAAUUUAACUGUGAAAUUGAUAGUAAUGAUAGAGAACGGAGAGCUCCGACGGAACGCAUAAAUGGAGCGACAUUAACCGGAGAUGAGGCUUCCUUCGAAAGGAUUAUAGAAGGUUUUCGCAUAUCCUUCUCAUAAUUUGAAUCCAUACGAAGAUAUACCAGAGUAAUAAUCCGUUGUACGGGCAGAGGUUAACAAUAAUAGAACGAUGCACUCCGAUGCCAUAUAAAGUUUCGAGUAAUAUUAGCUACCACCCGUCAAAUUGGUGCGGCUAAGGAAAGAAGAGUAAGGGAAAAAGGAAGGGAGGGAAAGAGGGAGAGAGAGAGAGAGAGAGAGAGAAAAAGAGAACAAGAAAAUACCCUACUCAUUGUCGUCCCUGGGGGACGAUGUUCGGCAUGAUAGUUCGGGCGUACUUCGUUAGGGUGAAGUUAAAAGGGGGCACCCUCGUGAAAAGGGCGGGGCCCGAUAGAAAGAAGGCCCCUCGAGAGAACCAACCCCUGGGUGGAGUUAGCAAUCGGUAUAUAUGCUCUGGCAGGGGUGUCCGAGGUGCAGAACUCUAUGCACCGUCGUACCGUUUACCAGCCAGACAAAUUUUUCAGGCUAAGUGUUACGAACUUAUCGGUAUAUCGCCAAGUCAGGGAAAGUCAACGAAAAGUCGGAAAAAGAAAAAGAAAAAGAAAAAAUAGUGUGCCAGAAUUAAGGAACGAUCUCGUGAAUUAGAUCAUCACGUAACAAGAUUCGAAGUGUGAACUUUUCUAGGGUUUUCCUUUUUUCAACGAGAUGUCUCGAAGUUUCCUCGUGGAUUCUCUCAUCGGCAACAACUCACCGCCGUCCUACCCGUUGCCAUAUUACGGGAAUCAAUUGCCAAAUUACAUGUUCAAUUUCUUCAAUCUGGGAUUAGGUUAUCAGCCAAUUAGACCUGUUCCUAGAACACCGGUGAUGCCUGUGCCACCAGUACCUAUAAGUCCGUCGACAAACGUGUCUUUACCUAUAACUGGACAAAGCCCACCUUCUCCUCUAAACGCUUCGACCAGCAGACUCUCAGAUGUCUCGGCGUCUAACGAGUCACCGUCGCGUAACAGCACUCCAACACCACCACCGAAAUCACCAAACUCCAUUUCUAAUAGCUCGAAGCGCAUUAGAACGGCAUUUACGAGCACACAAUUGUUGGAACUCGAACGAGAAUUCGCUUCGAAUAUGUAUCUCUCCCGUUUGCGUCGUAUUGAGAUUGCGACGAACCUAAGGCUUUCCGAGAAGCAAGUAAAGAUCUGGUUUCAAAAUCGAAGAGUCAAAUACAAGAAAGAGGAUCUGCCGUCGGGACAGAAUCAAAAGUGUUGCUGCUUACGUACAUGCGGUAAAAAGAAAGACGGUUGUGCGGACGGUUUGCAGAGUCGACGGUGCGAUCAGGAAGAAGAACAGGAUGGAAAAUCCUUUGAUACCACGAACAUAACCACGACAAUCUCGCAGACACGAGAAGAUUCGAGUGGAUCGAUCGAACUAGUCGUUCGUCGUGAGCAUGAAUCGCCGAUUCGAAAAAACGAACGCCUCGAAAUAUCUUUGCUUUCGAGACAAACGGAAGGCUCGCCAUUUCCUCGCGAACCCGAUGAAAAAUUGAAUUUUCAAAGGAUCGAGUCGCUUCACGAGCGAACGAAAGAGGAGAUGAGCGAACACCAUUCGUCCGUUGGCUGCAAAAGAAAUACCGAGGAUGAAUAUGACAGGAUGGAUAAGAGGAGAAAAAUGGACCUAACACCGACCAUGCAUCAGAGUACGGAGCACAGAGACUCAAUCUCUAGACCGAUAUUUGACAACUUGUCUCGCACCAAACAUACCGUGGAUAGAAUCGUUAAUUCUUAAAAAAAGCGAGAAAACGUUUGCUAGUCUUCGAAAAUGUUUCCAAAGAAUCGAUAAACUAAAAUAUCGAUGAACGAACAAUCGAAAUCGAUAUGGAACGACGAAUUCUGCACGCCUAUAUUAUGUACAUAUGUAUUUAUAUAGUCGCGGUUUGUAAAUAUUGUCGAUAUAUUUUUGUACGAUUUACGUGAGAGAUAAGAGAUCGUAUAUUUUUCAUACGAAUUUCA